UUACAAUAACAGUUUAUAAAUUAAAUAUAACAAAUAAUAAAAAUAUUUUUUAUUCAAUAUAAAUAUUUAUAAAUGAUUACCGUGUAACAGUUUUACAUGUCAUUAUAAUUUUUUUUUUAUAAUGAAAUAUUUCUACAUAGAAGACUAUGCAAAAUGAACGAUAUUAAUAACAUAGAACAGCAAAAUUGUUCUGAACCAGGCGGCACAAAAUCCAAUAACAUACCUGACAGCAAUGCAAAUAGCAAACCGAUACCAGAAGCGGACAGUGGUACAUCGAAUCAUCGAGGUGCCAUACCAAAACGAAUAUUAAAAGAUGAUAAAAAUCGAUGCACAAAAUUAAAUAAUAAUUUUGGUACGCGAACUUGUAGUAAAAUGGGUUUGGGUAAUUGUAAUAAUGACGAUACAAAUUUAGAACUAAUUAAACCAUAUAGUUUAAAUAAAGUUACGGUUGAUUUUGAUCGAAAUUUUAUCAAAAAAUUUAAUAAUAUCGAAGUAAGUGAUCGUUUAGAAGUUACCGCUAAUGAUUUUCCACCAGGACCUAGUAAUUCACAAGAAAAUAAUUGUAAAGUAAAAAAUAGUUCAAGUAGUUGUAGUUCGACAAGUGAUAUAAGCGAUACUGAAAGUGAGGACACUAGUUUAUCGAUUUCGGAUGAUGGGUGUGUGUAUACAUAUAAAGGGGGGUCAGCUGAUUUACCAGAUAGUUUUUUUAUCGACGAUCAUCAAGAGGAUUUUUAUCCACGAAUUGAAAUACCACCAUUACGACAAAGAUCUAGAGAAUCUAGUCCCGAAAUGGAUUACCUUGAAAUGGAUUUUGAUCCGGGUCCAUCAUGUGAAGCUGAUUCUGAAUCAAGUGUUGAUAUCGAUUUAGAUGAACAAAAUAUCCAAGUAGAAAGCUCACAUCCACCAGUGGCAAUUGUUAAGGCUGAUUUUGAGUUAAAUUUACCCAGUACCAGUACAGGAAUACGUCAUACGAAUACAUUACCUAGAAAUUACUACGAAUUAUCCGACAUAUCAAAAACGAAUUCCGAGGAACAAACUCCAGAUAAUGGAUCCGAAUGUUCUUUGGUCGCGGAUCAAUUAUUAUAUAACGAUUGUUUAGAACAAAGUUUAGCGUAUUCGAUUUAUCAUUACGAUAAUACACGACCAUUAUCACCAAUUAUGUUUUGGGACGAAAAAGAUGUCCAAUCGAAACAAUUUAACUUGUUACAUGCGGGCUGUGUAACAAAUGCUGUUUUGAAUGCACUCCUUGCAUUAGAUAAAAUACCACCUCGAAUCAUUCCUGAAUGGGCGAAUCAAUAUCUAAUACCAAACAUGCGAUAUGAAGACCCCGAUCAAGAUCUCGAUUUAUGUCACUUUUUAAUUGCAAAAAGUACGGCGUUACCAAGUCAUGAGGAUCUAAUUACGGGAAUUAAACAAGUUACCGGUGGUAAUUCAAUUUAUACACGAUUUUUUCCAACAUGGCCUGAACGAAAUUUUUCGUUGUCACAUUGGUUGAAAUAUUGGUUGGAACAUAAUGUGAUCCCAAUCAUCACCAUUAAUCAACAAGUAUUACAAAAAGAUAUCACAGCACUUGAAUGGCAACAUCAUACCAUUUUUGGGGUGAGUUCAACAGGUAUCUACCUUACUGAUCCGGUACAAUGUAUUAGUGAGGAUGUUCUUCAUAAAAAAUUAACAUCGGAUUCAAUUUUAUUGAUAAAACGUAGUGAUAUUUUAUCGCGUUGGAAUAAGACAACGGAUCUAGGUGCAUUGUAUAAUAUUGAAGAUAAACGUUGGCAUCGUGUAAAUACUUUAGGUAAAUUAGUACAUUUAUUGCGUGAAGUGAAAAGUUCGUCAACGGUUAAUGAAAAAUCAGCGACGAAUAAUUAUCAUAUACCAAUACCGACCUCAGUACGAGCGGGUAUUACGCUUGUAUCAAGUAUAGAUAAUCCAGCUUGUGAUAUGAUUGAAUAUUGUCCAGAACUACCGUUAAAGAAACAUACUUGAUGUAUUAUCUAAUGGCUGGGGAGCGUUCAUUGUAAUUAUUUUUAAAAAAAAAGUCCAGUCUCUCAAUUCAACUAGAACUGUGCAGAAUUAUGUUCUUUCUUUCCUCUGCAAAACUUCCUAGUCAAUAGUUAAAAUGGCACAAUAAUUUCUUGUACUAAAAUUGCAUCCAUGAUAAGUACAGAAUGAUCCAUUUUAAUCUGCUAUUGCUAAUAGCUCGUUUUGUAGUUAAUCAAGAUCAAAUAACCUUGAAACUAGAAUUUCUAGUUAAAGUCAUGGACAUAGUCGACUGAUUUUUAUUGACCUUGAUAAGUUUUGUCUACAACACUCUUAAAUAGCCACACACACAUAACUGAUAUUCCCAUAUUAAUACAUACUACAAAAUUUUCACCUAAUUAU